GUGGCCGGUUUGAAUGAGAAUUGUCGCACCGGAGCUGCCGCUACCCCCGCGCGUCCUCCCUGGCCGCAGCUACUAGCUGCGUCUGGUCCCUCUUCUGCCCUUGCCAGACCUAGCCCCUCGUGUGGUCGCCUCCCUCCACCGCCCGCCAUGCCGCUGUACUCGGUUACGGUAAAAUGGGGAAAGGAGAAAUUCGAAGGUGUAGAAUUAAAUACUGAUGAACCUCCAAUGGUGUUCAAGGCUCAGCUUUUUGCAUUGACUGGAGUCCAGCCAGCCAGACAAAAAGUUAUGGUGAAAGGAGGAACAUUGAAGGAUGAUGACUGGGGGAACAUCAAAAUGAAAAAUGGAAUGACUGUACUAAUGAUGGGAUCAGCAGAUGCCCUUCCAGAAGAACCCUCAGCUAAAACUGUCUUUGUAGAAGACAUGACAGAAGAGCAGUUAGCAUCUGCUAUGGAAUUACCAUGUGGAUUGACAAAUCUCGGUAACACUUGUUACAUGAAUGCUACAGUUCAGUGUAUUCGUUCUGUGCCUGAACUGAAAGAGGCCCUUAAAAGGUAUGCAGGUGCCUUGAGAGCUUCAGGGGAAAUGGCUUCAGCACAGUAUAUUACUGCAGCCCUUAGAGACUUGUUUGAUUCCAUGGAUAAAACUUCUUCUAGUAUUCCACCUAUUAUUCUACUGCAGUUCUUGCACAUGGCUUUCCCACAGUUUGCAGAGAAGGGUGAACAAGGACAGUAUCUUCAGCAGGAUGCUAAUGAAUGUUGGAUACAGAUGAUGCGAGUGCUUCAGCAGAAGCUGGAAGCCAUAGAGGACGACUCUCUUAAAGAGACAGAUUCUUCAUCUGCAUCAGCUGUGGCACCUUCUAAAAAGAAAAGCUUAAUUGAUCAGUUCUUUGGGGUUGAGUUUGAAACUACCAUGAAAUGUACAGAAUCUGAAGAAGAAGAAGUCACCAAAGGAAAGGAAAAUCAACUUCAACUUAGUUGUUUUAUCAAUCAGGAAGUCAAGUAUCUCUUUACAGGGCUUAAAUUGCGACUUCAGGAAGAAAUUACCAAACAGUCUCCAACAUUGCAGAGAAACGCUUUAUACAUCAAAUCUUCUAAGAUCAGCCGACUACCUGCUUACUUAACUAUUCAGAUGGUCCGAUUUUUUUAUAAAGAGAAAGAAUCGGUGAAUGCCAAAGUUCUUAAGGAUGUUAAAUUUCCUCUUAUGUUGGAUGUGUAUGAACUAUGUACAUCAGAACUUCAAGAGAAAAUGGUUUCUUUUCGAUCAAAAUUCAAAGAUCUAGAAGACAAAAAAGUGAAUCAGCAACCAAGUGCAAAUGACAAGACAAGUAGUCCCCAGAAAGAGGUUAAGUAUGAACCCUUUUCAUUUGCUGAUGACAUUGGCUCCAAUAACUGUGGCUACUAUGACUUACAAGCAGUGCUAACGCACCAGGGAAGAUCUAGUUCUUCAGGUCAUUAUGUAUCCUGGGUGAAAAGGAAACAAGAUGAAUGGAUCAAGUUUGACGAUGAUAAGGUCAGCAUUGUAACCCCAGAAGAUAUCCUGCGGCUGUCUGGAGGUGGAGACUGGCACAUUGCUUAUGUUCUACUCUAUGGGCCUCGCAGAGUUGAAGUAAUGGAAGAAGAAAGUGAACAGUAAUCUUCAGUUAGCUAUUUAUGCCUAGGUGUGAAAUAAAUGUUAUUUGUUGAUCAUUUCUAUAAUCUAGAGCUUUAAAGGAAGGCAUUUUUAGGUGGUUUUAGCUGUUUUCCCUUGUAUGGAACAAGGGAGGGCAGAAUGGGACCACUUGUGCAUUAACCUUGAAAUUACAGAAAACUACUUUUGGGUGUGCUGCCAUGUGUAAAGGUAGCUGGAAGACAUUCUUUAAAAGCUUAUUUCUUGGAAUAUUCUAAAUUCUUAGUUGAAAUGCAUUUUUCCUUGCCUUUUCAGCCCAAGAGUCUGCAAUGAUGUUUUUUGCACACCUAUUUGUUCUUGCAUGGUUAAUGUCACCAUUCAGUAGCUGCCCAUCCUUUGCCUUAUCUAACAAUAUUUUUCUAGGAAGGUGGAAAAGGAAGUGUUCUUGUGUAACUCAGUGCUGCUGUCCACAUCCCGUCAACUGGGUACAAUCAAGUAUUUGUCCAGCCUGACUGUUGCUGGCUUUUCAUGACUUUACAAUAAAUUGUGAUCACUAAGAGUACAUUUUGAUUAUACAUUUAUUAUUGUGUCUCUCUCUAAUGUACUAUGGUUUGUAUAUUUAACUUUGCAUUGGUUUUGUAGUAAUCAACCUUAAUGUUGACAAGCUUUGGUUGCUAUUUUUAGAAUGAGGAUAUUUAAUAAAAAAAAGAAAAAAAAAAGAGGGAUCAACAGGUUCUGACCUCUAGUCUUUUGUCUUUUUAGUGUUGGGGCUUGGCUGAAGAUUCAGAUGUAUUUAAUUCUAUAGUUUCUGCAGAUGGCUACUAUUCUUGUGCUGUUUAAAAUACAAGUGUCUUUUUAGCUUGUCCAGUACCAUCAAAGAAAUGUAAAAUUAAUGGAUUGCUUUUGAUGCUGAAUGUUGUGAUAGUCAUCAGGUUCAUUCCUUGGCUCAUGUGGUGUUUAUCUUCUUGUUCCCAAAGUCUGUAUGUCCAUUUCAAAAUUUAGUAAGAAUGAUUUCUAAAGUAUACAAUACCAAGAGUAUUUGAAUGAGAUUGGUUUUUAUCAUAUUUCAGUCUAGUCUCGUCAGUCAGUUGCUUAUAAAUAUUUAAAGGUUUCAGGAACCUUGAUUGAUUGCUAAGGAAAGUAUAGAAUAUUAGCUAAUUGGUCUAAUUUUGAGUUGGGUAUUUAUGAUAAAGUUUGGGGAGCAUCAUAUCUUUGAUCUUCGCUUAUGUUUUAACAUUCUGCAAAGCACAAUAUUGGUACCUAAUAUUCCCAUAGAAUGGCUAUUUUCCUCAAAUCUGUAAUCUAAGACUCCGGGAUAAAAUAAGCAUUUCAGGGAUACUCUUACAGUUUCCUUACUUAAACUCACUUUAAUACUUUUUACAUUGAAGUGAAAAGCAGAAUGGGAAGGGUAAUCUGUGACUGAUGAUUUGUGAAGCCUGUGACUUUGCAGUCUUUUAUUUACUGUCUGUUUUGGUCAGAACAACUUCAGUAGGAAUGAAUUUAACAGCUCUAAGAUUGUCUGACCUGCUGGAUGCUGAAGCUACUAAACCAGCUGAAGUAGGUUUAGAACCAAGUUUGUACAAACGUUGCACAGAAGGUAUUAAAGCUUAAAAACUGCAUUUCCUUGUCAUUGCAAAAAGCUCAAUUACAUUUUAUUAUUUGAUCCAAAAAAGCAUUGUUCCAAAGAUAUUCUUAAAGUAGAAAUUGGAUUUAUACCAGUGUUUUCUUUUAGAAUUCAGCCUAGUAUGUAAGGUCUUUGAGAAGGGAGACUAGGCAAAAAAAAACCCCACUCAGUCAAAAAGCUUCUUGAUUCCUGAACAUGCCUUAUUUGCUGUGCCACGAUCACAGAGGAGACUCUCAUUAGAGCUUUGUUUGGUCAUUGCCUGCCUAGCCAGUGGAGUGAAGCCCAAGCAAGACCUUUAUAGUGGUCUUCCCUCAGUAGCCCUUCUUUAGGAUCACUGAUAAUGAGCUGUGCUCAGCACCCUGAUGAGUAGAAAUAGGAAUAGAUGAGUCUUACCUUUAGCCAGUGCUGUACACACAUGCUAUGUAGACUGCUUUCAUAUAUGUCUCAUUUAACUUGAAAAUAACCCCAGGGUCAUUUAAGAAAUUGAGAAGUCAAAUGAUUUUUGUAAAGCUAAAGGAGUGGGGUCCUUUAGGGGCUGGCAAACUAGUUGCUUGCAACUACUUUGCUGCUGUAGUAUGACAGGUGGCUAGGAGUGAGCAUGGCAGGGUGCCAGUAAAUUAUAGUAAAAACAUCUAACAGACCAUUGUUUGCUGAUCCUCUGCUUGAAAGUGAGAAAAGAACAGUAAGGUUUCAGAAGUGUCAUUCUGGGAGUUCAGAAUUUUAUAACAAAUUAACAGCAUUCAGGAAACUAAUUUGGUACAUACUCAAAUACUGCAUAUUUAACUUCGUUAUAAAAAUACUUAACAAAAAUAGUUUGAUCUUGAGGUCAUUUUUCUUUGGCCAUUUUCCCAACCCACCCUCCCAUACCCCCAAACUCUGAGGUUUGAGCCAACGUGAUGUGUGUUCUGUUGUUCUUGGAGCACCAGCCAACUGUACAACAAUUGUUAUAAAAAUGUUUAUUGUUUACCAAAACCAGUGGACCUCUUAUCAAAUGCUGCUUGGUAACAAAGUCUUAUCACAGUUUUAAUAAUAAAAAAA